GCGCGGGGGUUACGGUAUCCUGGAUACGAGUGUAAACAAAGAAGGCCGCAGAGUAACAGGCCCGGGCCAGGCGUUGGGCCGCCGGGGUACCAGGCCGGUGUCCGCGGAGGGAAAGGCAGCCCAUGGCGCUAGGCCGGGAGCGAGAGGACGCGUCCUACUACGCCCACGCCGCCGGCGCGAGCCUGUCUGUGAGAUGGGUGCAAGGAUUCCCUAAGCAGAAUGUUCACUUUGUCAACGACAACACCAUUUGCUACCCUUCUGGAAAUUAUGUAAUAUUUAUUAACAUUGAAACCAAGCAAAAGACGGUACUCCAGUGUAUUAAUGGAAUUGUGGGCGUCGUGGCAACUAACGUUCCUUAUGAAGUUGUGGCUUUUUCGGACCGGAGGCUAAAACCCCUCAUCCACAUAUACAACUUCCCUGCAUUGACCAGAAGGACCAAGUUAAAAGGCAAUAUUCUUCUGGACUAUACUUUACUUUCAUUCAGUUACUGCGGAACCUACCUGGCCAGCUACUCUUCGCUCCCAGAGUUUGAAUUGGCCCUCUGCCAAAAGAUGACCUAUUUACUUUGCUUCACCCCACUAUGCACUGCUGGACUCCAUCUAGUGACCUGUAUGUUGGCUCUGAAGAGGGUCAUCUUUUAAUGAUUAAUGGAGAAACGUUGAAGGUGACUAUGCUUCAGAAGGAAGAAAAGAUGCAACAACUGGACAAACCACAUCUUCUCAGUCCAGUCACCCUGGUAUAUCAGAAGGAUGGCGUCCUUGCUUCUGGAAUUGAUGGUUUCGUGUACUCUCUCACUGUUAAAGAUUCCAGUUCUUACAAAACAGAGCAUUUUCUUGAGGUUGAAAGCCCUGUGGAACAUUUGAUGUUUUCUCCCAGUUAUAAAAUGCUGCUGAUUCAAACAAACAAGGGAUCUGUUUAUAUUUACACUUUUGGUGAAGAGCCAACCUUAGAUAAAGUCCUAGAUGCUUGUGAUGGAAAGUUUCAGGCAAUUGACUUUAUCACACCUGGAACCAAACACUUCAUGACACUCACACGUUCAGGGGAAGUUUGUGUGUGGUGGCUGGAGGAUUGCACUUGUGCAAGCAAGAUUUAUCUGAAUACCACAGCAACGACUCUGGCUUGCUCCCCCUCCUCCCUCUCCGCUGCCGUGGGGACCGCGGAUGGCUGCCUGCACUUCCUGGACGUGCGCGGGGUGGAGUCCCCUCGGGUGGUCCACAAGGCCUUCCUCUCCCAGGCGCCUGUGCAGCACCUCAACUAUGACCAGAGAGGACUGUACCUGUUGGCUGGGACGUCAGAAGGAAAAGUCUUUGUUAUUGAUGCCAAACCCACAAGCUCCUUUCAGAUUCUUGGAUUCACAGAGGUGAGCAAGGAACUUCUACAAAUAUCCACAGUGUCUCUUUUGGGAGCAAAUAUAGUGCAAGUGAUAGCACUUUCCUCGGUUGCAGAACCAGAAGGAAGCAGGCUGGCAAUAUUUAUUCUGCCUAGAAUACUACCACAAGGUUUUGCCGACGAAAGGGGGAGGCUGAGAGAUGAGCUCAUUUAUAAGCACCUGUAUGAGAUAGAGCACACUCUGUCUUCUGCAGUCUUGGACUUUCAAAGUAACCAAAUAUAUGGGUUCUGCAGCCAAGUGCCGUACAUCUGUAGCUAUCAUCUUCCUGAACAAGAACACGGAAGCAUCUGCAUUCUUAAACCACACCAAAAAGUACAAAGCAAACACUAUGGGCCUGGAAUGCUCCAUCUGUCCUCACACGGACUGUGGCUCAUAACAGUAGCUAAGUGUGGAAUACUGUGUAUCCGAGAUGUUCACACUUUGGAUACGUUUGCUCGGUGUCGGAGUCACUCCCACCAGGGGCAUGGGAUUCAGUCCGUGAGAAUUUCAUUGGAUGGACAAAGCAUUCUGGUGAAUGGGAAAGAUGACGGCGCCCUGGUCUUCCUCAAAUGGAAGAGGCUUGGAGGAAAUUUAGUCAAUGAAAUUAUUGAAUAUUGCCAGCAACUAUUUAUGUCUCUGAGCAGUGGAAUGGAAGAGGAGAAUAAUUAUUUAAGUUUAAUGAGACUUUCCUCAGCGUUGGAAUAUGAAUCUGAGUACCCAACGGGCCAGAACAAGCUAAGCAUUGACUCAUUACGAGAGGAAUUGGUUGUCCCUGAUAGCAAGAAGGAGAUUUCCUGGAUACAACAGAAAAACCAAGAGGCCAUCGAAAAGGAGGUUAGGCUGUUUUCCCAGAAAAGGAAAGAGAUAAAAAGCGGAAUCAAGGAGCUUGCUAAAACCGUCGUGAGUAUGAUGGAAGAGAACGAAAAAGUGGAUGACAUCGCAAAGCUAGACCAACAGGAAUUUUGCCUGGAUCUCGAGGAACUGGACAGGCUUCAGAAUCAAAGUGAAGAAGAGGUAGCAAAGAUAAGAAAGGACGUGGAAAUGCAUAACCUAGCCAAGAGAUAUUUGACUAACCUUAUCAAAGAAGAAUGCUGGAAUUCCAUGGCUGUGAAGGGCCGGGCCCUUAAGUGCUUUCACAUCCCCUGUGUGGUUGAGAACUUCCCCAUGAAGGCGCGCACAGCAGCAGAGCUGAAGGAGCUGAAGAGAGUGUUGCAGCAAAAGAAGAUUGAAGCAGAGUGUCUUAAACUACGGAAGGAAAUUGUAGAGGAUCAGUCUGCAGUCACCUUGGUAAAAAACCACCAAGAAGAGGAUGAUGAAGAGGAGGAUGAAGAAAAGAUAGUCACAGCCACCAACUUGCCCAAUUACUUGCUUGGUAGUCUGAGUACUGACUUCGGGGUAGAUGCUUCUUUGUUGUCAAGCCAGCUGGAACUUCAUUCCAGAGAGGAGAAAAUCAACCAAAUUAUAUUAUUGAAAGAUAUCAUUUUCAAAGUAAAAACUGCUUUCAAUAAUGAGUUUGAUGCUGCAUAUAAACAAAAAGAGUUUGAACUUUCAAGAGUGAAGGAAAAAAAUGUCAGAAUUAAAGAAAUUAUUUCAGAUCUGGAGUUGGGAGAAAACAUCUGGCAACCAGAAUUUGAAGACUGCGAGAAGCCAGAAAAUACCCUUAUAGUAGACAAUUCUGAGGUUACAGCCCCAAGACAUUUUGAUACGUGGCAAAGAGCCAAAGCAGAAAUGAUUGUGAUCCGCGAGCUACGCCGGUGGAUUAAGGCGCGGGGCUCAGGUGCCAGACGCCGAGGCCUGAUGGACAUGAUGGGCGGUGUGCUGGAGGUCAAGAAGGAGGACAUCCUGAGAAUGGUCAUUCCGCAACCAGCUUUCAUGGCAAAGCCCGACGCUGUGUGGACAGAAGAGGAAAGGAAACAAUUCAGAGAAUAUGAGAAAAAAGUCAAGGAGCUAAAUGAAGAAAGAGACAAGUACAGAAAGUCCUUAGAAGCAGAAUUGAAGAAACUUCAAAACAUUAUUCAGGAAAGCACACAGAACUUUGACGAACAUUUGAAAAGACUCUUUGAAAGGAGAGUGAAGGCAGAGAUGGUUGUCAACCAGGAAGAAUUGAAGAUAAAUAACCUUGUUUUUUCUUUACUAUUGGAUGAAGAAUUAAACUCCAGAGAAAUGUUUCUGAACAACUAUCUUUCAAAGAAGCAGGAGGAGAAAAACCAGACUUCAAAAGCAAUCCAGAAAUCUAAAGAAGACCUCGAUAUAUACAAGGAGAACUAUGACAACCUAUUGGCAGAAGACAAAGUUCUGGAUCGAAGCUUCAAAAAGGAAUUUUCUGAAAUUCCAAGUCAACAAGUGGAUAUACUCUAUAAACUUUUUAAACGCCGACCAAGAAUGCAGAAACAGAAAACACAAGCAGAUACGGCCAGUACUGUCCCUUUUGGAGAGCAGCCAGGAGCUGGCAAGUUGAAUAAGGACCCCUUUGCCCAGUUAAUGAAAGCCAUGGAAGAGUUGGACAGCGCUAACAACAUGCCGGAAGGCUUGGACCCCUCCGUCUGGGAUCACUUCUGCACAACUAGACGAGCAAAAGUGGAAAAUGAAUACAAAGUGAAGCAGAAAGCGACUGGCUUAGUGGAGAUGACGGCUUUUCUCCGGAAGAGAGUUGAGGAUGAUGAGAAAGUGCAACAGGAGAUCGAGAAAGUGUUCCACGAACUCAUCCUAUUACAGGAAGACAAAGCAAAACACCAGCUGAAUUUGACGAUACAAAUUCUUCUCAAACAAGGACAAGUAGAGCUGGAGAAUUUCCAGCAAAUUCUGCAGUACCCUGAUGCAAUUCUCAUCAAUAGGACCAUCAUUGAAGACCUGAAUUCUAUAAUUCGGACUCAAGGACAGAAGAAAGUUGCUAGUAUGAUGGAAAGUAAAGAUGUGCACAAAGGAAUAUAUCAGAUUGAGUGGGAGCAUAAGAAGAUGGAGAUGGAGAUGGAAGAUCUCAAUCAGAAGGCUUGGGACAUUCAAAUGCUGUUUUUUUCAAGAGAUCGUCAAAAGUACCUCAAUGAACCAAACUAUGACUCUUUGAUUGCUCUUCAGAUUGGAAUAAUGGAACAAACCAUUAAUGUUUUAGAUAAGACCCACAAAAAGAAUGUCAAUAACUGCAAAAAACUACUCAAAAAAUUGGGAAAGUUCAGCAAUCAAAAAGACACAGCAAAUUACACUCUAAGCUGCAACCUGCGGGAGGAGUUGGUAGCUGUCUCAGAGAGACAAGACAUCUGCAAUGCAAUGGGGUCUACACUGACUUGUGAAAAGAUUGCCAAAGAACGAUACAAAAAUAUGAUGCGACAACAAAAGCUGACAAAUAUUUCAAAAGAACAAGCUGAACAGAUUUCAGUACUUCAGGCUGAAGUUGAAAGAUUAAGGAUGAAAACAUUCCCUGCUCUUGUUAAAAUGUAAAACACUAGCAAGAAUCACAAGGCCAAAAUCAUUUCAAAAAUCAUUUCAGUUGGGUAAAAUGUUUUCUUUUUCUUCCUUCAUAUUGUGAAAUUUUAAUAGAGUCCCCUCUUAGUUGCAUGUUUUUAAUAGUAAAUUAUUUGAUUUUAGCCUUAUAAUCGUAUAUAAAUUUUUUCCUGAAUGAAUAAACAUGUAAAAGAA